UCCGCACAGCACUUGAUCGAAAUGGGAGAACGCAAGGGACAGAACCUGUACUAUCCUCCAGAUUACGACCCCAAGACCGGAGGACUGAACAAAUGGCAAGGCACGCACGCAUUAAGGGAACGGGCCCGCAAAAUCCAUCUCGGAAUAUUGAUCAUCCGCUUUGAGAUGCCGUACAACAUUUGGUGCGAUGGAUGCAAGAACUACAUCGGCAUGGGCGUACGAUACAAUGCGGAAAAGAAGAAGGUGGGCAUGUACUACUCUACGCCCGUUUACCAGUUCCGGAUGAAAUGCCACCUGUGUGACAAUCACUUCGAGAUCAAAACUGACCCACAGAAUCUCGAUUACGAGAUUGUAUCCGGUGCGAGACGGCAGGAAAACCGUUGGGAUCCGAAACAGAAUGAGCAGAUUGUGCCAGAAACGAAGGAGAUCCAGCGAAAACUGUUCGACGAUGCGAUGUACAAGCUGGAACAUGGAGCGAAAGAUACACAAGCGGCCGAAGAGGCUAAGCCAGUCUUGGGGAGACUCUUUCAACGCAACGAUACGAUUUGGCGAGAUGAUUUUGAAGCAAACAGUCGACUUAGGGCACAAUUUAGGACACGCAAAAAGGAGCUGAAAGUUCAAGAAGAAAAGGACAAGGCUCUGCUAGGAAGGUCUAGCCUUACGAUUGACUUGCUCCCGGAAAGUGACCACGACCGACGGAUGGCUCAGUUGAUGCGCUUACACUCUUCCAAAACGGUGCACGAGAAAGACAAAGAGCGACGGAAUGCAAUCCUCAAUAGACCUGUUCUACCGUCCACCUACGCCAACAAAUCGGCCACAGUCACCAAGCACCAUACCGGUACUAAGCUGGAAUCCAAAGUAUUGGGUAUCGUAAAACGAUCAGCUGCAAGCUCAUGUGGACAGCAAGUGAACGGAUUUACUGAACUUACCCUAGAAGAAAAACGGCCAAAAGUGGUAACGAUCGAAGCAACGAAACCACCACCAAAGGCUGAUGAUGAAGUUGCAGUCCGGCCCAAGCUGUUGCUUUGCAAUUAUGGAUCCGGAUCAAGCGAUAGUGAUUAG